AUGACUCUCUCAGCCUCGUGCAGAAACCUUGGUAGUGAGGGAGCCGGCAGGGGCAGAGCCAUCGCGGAGGCGGCGCUUUGCGUCCGGCUCUUCCUAAGGCCCCGCGCCUCGCAAGCUUUGCCGCUCCUCUACGGAGGAAAUCGGGAGCGCGUUCUGAGGAGAUGCCUUGUCCUCAACCCCGUGCUGUCCCCUGAAGAGCGGGAAGCCGAGACUCCUCCACCCCGUUGUGGCUUCGGGCGUCGCUUUGCCCCAGUUGAAGCCUUUCCCACCAGCUCAGAGACAGCUAAUAUAGUUAUUAAUGGACAUUAUUUCCCUCUCAAUCACCCAGAUUGGGACUUUAACACCAAUGCAGGUAGGGAGUGUCUCUGUCUCUAUCGCCAGCUCCUCACUGUGGGCCUCCGAGGCGCCGGGCGCUGACCUACCAAUUUGGCCCAGGUAAGAGCAGUCACACAGGGUUCAGAGGAAAUGCCAGCUGCCUUCCUAGAGCGGCUGAUGGAAGAAUACUGUAUGUACACUCCCUAUGAUCCCAUGAGUCCAGACCAGCGGGGCAAUGUUUCCAUGGCUUUCAUUUGGCAGUCUGCUCCAGACAAUAGAAAUAAGUUACAGAGGCUGGAAGGACUGCAGGAUUACACCCUUCAGGACCUCAUGAAAGAGGCAGAAAAGAUAUUUAAUAAGAGGGAGACUCCAGAAGAAAAAGAAGAAAGAUUAUGUAGGCUGCAGGAAGAAAGGGAAGAUAGACUUAGAAAAGAAAUAGAAGAUAAAGAAGAGGGAAAGAAACGAGCUAGGGAAUUAAGCAAGAUCUUGGCCACUGUAGCUAACCAGACUAAGCCAGAAGCAGGGAGAUCAGAUAGGAUGGGAGACAGAAGGAGGCCAUGGGUAGACAAGGACCAAUGUGCCUACUGCAAAGAGAAAGGACAUUGUGUCAAAGACUGUCCUAAGAGACCCAGAAAUCCCAGGAAGCAGCCAGCCCAGUUGCUAGCUCUAGAUGAAGACCAGGCCAGUCAGGGCCAGGAGCACCCCCACCCCCAUCCCCAGAUAACCCUGCAAGUAGUGGGGCAACCAGUCACCUUCCUAGUAGACACUGGAGCCCAACAUUCAGUCCUAACUAGAGCAGAUUGCCCAUUGAGCAGCUGAACAACUUGGGUCACUGGAGGGAAACAAUACCGUUGGACCACUGAAAGGAAAAUGCUCUUGGUGACAGGUAAGGUGACCUAUUCCUUCCUCCAUGUACCUGAUUGUCCCUAUUCUCUGCUGGGAAGGGAUCUGCUUACAAAGAUGAGGGCUCAAAUUCAUUCUGAAAAAGAAAGGGCCACGAUAUCCGGACUGAAAGGUGAGCCCCUCCAUAUAUUAACCUUGAGACUUGAUGAAUAUAAGCUAUUUGAAAAAUCAACCCUGGGAAAUAUGGAGGUUCGCUGGAUUGAAGAUUAUCCCCAGGCAUGGGCGGAGACAGGGGGCAUGGGGCUAGCCACUCAGCAGCCACCAUUGAUGAUACCCCUGAAGGCCACUGCCACCCUAGUCUCCAUCAAGCAGUAUCCCAUGUCUCAGGAGGCAUACCAGGGGAUCAAACCCCACAUCAAGAGACUCUUAGAUCAGGGAAUAUUAACCCCCUGCCGGUCUCCAUGGAAUACCCAUCUACUCCCUGUGAAAAAGCCUGGCACCGGCCAUCCAGUGCAGGACCUAAGGGAAGUUAACAAAUGGGUACAGGACAUACACCUGACAGUGCCCAACCCAUAUAACUUGCUAAGCACAUUGCCUCCAACCCACUCUUGGUAUACCCUCUUAGAUUUGAAAGAUGCAUUCUUUUGCCUAAGGCUGAGCUCCCAAAGCCAGCCCUUGUUUGCCUUUGAAUGGAAGGACCCAAAAGAGGGGCUCUCGGGACAACUGACUUGGACCAGACUACCCCAGGGCUUCAAGAACAGCCCUACCCUAUUUAACUAGGCCUUCCAUCAAGAUCUGGCCAUCUUCCAAAAACAACACCCAGACCUGAUCUUGCUCCAAUAUGUGGAUGACCUGCUCCUGGCGGCCACAACCAAGGAGGGAUGCAUGCGAGGUACACGGGCCCUCCUGCAGACCUUGGGCGAAUUGGGCUAUCGGGUCUCGGCCAAAAAGGCGCAAAUAUGUGGGACCAAAGUGACUUACUUGGGCUAUCAGUUAGAGAAUGGACAGAGAUGGCUCACAGAAGCCAGAAAAGAGACUAUUGCUCACAUCCCGCCCCCUAAAAAUGCCAGGCAACUCCAAGAAUUCCUAGGUACUGUGGGGUUCAGCAGACUUUUGAUUCCAGGCUUCAGAGAAAUUGCAACCCCCUUGUACCCUCUAACCAAAAAUAAAGCCCCUUUUGAUUGGACUGAGGAACAUCAGCGAGCCUUUGAUACCAUUAAAAGGUCCUUGCUUUCUGCCCCAACCCUGGGACUGCCGGAUGUUACCAAGCCCUUUGAACUUUUCAUAGACGAAAACCAUGGGUUUGCAAAGGGGAUCCUCACUCAAAAACUGGGGCCCUGGAGGAGGCCUAUAGCCUACCUCUCUAAGAAACUGCAUCCGGUGGCCUCAGGAUGGCCCCCUUGUUUGAGGAUGACAGCUGCCAUAGUUAUGCUCAUAAAAGAUGCUGGAAAGUUGACCUUGGGUCAGCCUCUCACCAUUUUAGUCCCUCAUGCGGUUGAGACACUCAUUCGCCAGCCACCAAACCGCUGGCUCUCCAAUGCCUGAAUGACUCAUUAUCAGUCACUCCUGCUGGAUGCGGACAGGGUCCACUUCAGCCCAACAGUCAUUCUGAAUCCUGCCACGUUGCUCCUCACUCCGGAGGGGCCAACCCCUCAUGACUGCCAACGAAUCCUUGUGGAAAUGCAUGGAACCUGGCCGGACGUGACGGACCAACCCCUGAAAGGGGCUGAAUUGACCUGGUACACCGAAGGAAGCAGUUACCUGCUCAACGGAGAAAGAAAGGCCAGAGCAGCAAUAGUGGAUGGAAAGCAGGUAAUCUGAGCCAGCGCCCUGCCACCCAGAACUUCAGCUCAGUGGGCGGAGCUCAUCGCACUCACCCAAGCCCUACAGCUGGCAGAAGGUAAGGCACUCAGUGUCUAUACUGAUAGCCGCUAUGCUUUUGCCACCACUCAUGUUCAUGGGGAAAUAUAUCAGAGGAGGGGUCUUCUAACUUCAGAAGGAAAGGAUAUUAAAAAUAAGGCUGAAAUCUUAGCCCUGCUUAAAGCCUUAUUUCUCCCUAAGAGAUUAAGCAUUAUACAUUGCCCUGGACAUCAGAAAGGGGAGACUGAGAUAAUUAAAGGAAAAUGCCCGGCAGAUGCAAUUGCCAAGCAGGCGGCCCUAGGCCCCCAGCUCUUGACGGUAACAGUAUUGACUGAACAGGAAGACCCGGAAAGAGACCUGGACUCAAUUGACUAUAUCGAUGAAGAUCUGGAUAUAGUCCAGAAAUUGGAGGCAGACCAUGAUCAUAAGAGACAAUGGAUGUUCCAAGGAAAGACUGUAAUGCCUGUACAUGUAGCCAGAGAGCUCAUUUCCUACUUGCAUAAAUUGACCCACCUGAGCACCAAAAAGAUGAACACCCUGCUCAGCAGACAGGAAAUGGGUAGCUAUAUACCCAAGAAAGAGACCCUGAUACAGCAAAUCAUCAGCAAUUGUAAAGCUUGUGCCCAAGUGAAUGCUAGCAAAACAAACAGGCCACCUGGACUCAGACUGGGGCAUAGGCCUGGGAUCCAUUGGGAAAUAGAUUUUACUGAAGUUAAACCUGGCAUGUAUGGUUAUUGGUAUCUGUUAGUUUUUAUAGACACCUUUUCAGGAUGGGUUGAAGCUUUUCCUACCAAAGAGGAAACUGCACAGAAGCUCUUGGAAGAAAUCUUCCCACAGUAUGGAUUACCAAGGCUCACUUGCAAGCUCUCCAGCUGGUACAGCAGGAGAUCUGGAAGUCCUUAGUGGCAGCCUAUAAGAACUCAGACCAGUCUCCUGUCGUCCCACACCUCUUCAAAAUAGGCAAUAG